CGUCACUUCGAAUUCUAGACAAGUGGCAAAUGCUCCCAAUCUAUUCCAUAUCUACAAUCGUCGACGAUUUAAACGUAAACGAUAAUAGAGUGGUAGCAGUUCAGCAAGUCGACGUCUACGUUGCGCCCUCACUAAAAAUCAAUAGAUUGCUUGUAAACAAGCUCUCUCUACAUGUGGGGAAAAAUAUUUUAAUUAAACCUUUUUUAUGUGUGAAUUCGUUCGUUUUAUGUGUUUAUCGUCUACUAUUUUUGUCGAUUUAGUGAUUGUAAAAUAAUUUUAUCUAAUAAUGGAGACUAAUGUAGGUUAUUCAUACCAUUUGCCGUCGGGCGGAUGGAACUAUAAAAUUCGCAAUACUCUGUCGCAAUUUAGCGAUUUAUUCAGCGAAUUCAAUAAAUAUAUCGCCCCUGCAUAUCACCACGAUCGCUGCGAGAGAUCAGUUCAAAUGAGAGUAUAUUCUAUGCACAAAGGGGAGUUCGUGAUGGUAUUUGUAGCGUUUUUCGCUUGUUUCGGUUUAGGAGUGUUCAUAGGAUUAGCCGGUCCAUCCCCCACAACGACAACUUCCAUAACCGCGUCGAGCGCCUUAACAAACGCAAGUGACAUUUACCGAGGUCCAUUUCACCUACACAGCCCGACGCUGGGCACUCGUGUGCAGCAACUAUGGUUGCUUGCUGAAAUAUUAACUGAUAAUAAUGAUGAGGAGAUAUUUGAUAAAAGUUUUCAAGUAAGCAUAUCGAUAGACGGAGUACUUAGCGACCAUACGACCACGAAUCUAGUACCUGAAAGCGAAGCUACAAACAAAACUAUACAUCUCAAAUGCAUGAAACAAGUAUGUGAAGAAGUUAUGGUUCUGCACUUAGGCUCGCUGGAUUACAUGCAUUAUGUUCUAAAUAUACGCUUUUACGGGCUCAAGGAGUUCCACAAGAGAUACUAUAUUAGAGACAUUAUUUUCUACUUCAAAACUUACAACCCAUCGUUCACGCAAAUGGAGACGUGGUUCAGAUUUAUUUUUUUACUGACUACAUUUGUUGUUUCUUGUUGGUUCGCACACACUCUUAGAAAAUUCUCUACGCAAGAUUGGGCCAUCGAACAAAAGUGGCUAUCUAUUUUAUUACCGUUGCUGUUGUUAUUUAAUGAUCCAAUAUUCCCUUUACGACUUGUGUCCGGCAGCUGGUUCGCACCAUUGGUAGACGCAGUGUUUCAGACUACUUUCCUUGCCUGCGUGAUGCUUUCUUGGCUAGCGCUUUACCACGGUCUUAGACAGAACGAGCGAAAUUUCGUCUCCUUCUAUCUAUUUAAGCUAAUCGUUGUAGGACUAAUUUGGACUCCAGCGAUGGUGCUUACCAUAUGGCAAAAAUAUUACGCAUAUGAAGAUCCCACUUUCAAUUAUAUUAUGAACCCGAACUAUUCAUUUGUAAAAAUAAUGUUCUUCUGUGCCAUCACGCUGUACUUCCUGUACCUGCUCGUAUUGAUAAUAAAAGCCUAUAGUGACCUCAGGAACAUGCCUUUCUUUGAUAUAAGACUCCGAUGUCUAUCGCUGGUAGUUGGCACCGUAACGUUCUUUACAACAAUCUUGGCGUUACAAAAUUGGGGACCAGGAGCUCUACAGGAUCACUGGGCAUCACAGCCCAAAGUCCAUUACGAUACUUCUGCGCCAUUCAUGGCCAUGUACGGCCUCUUUAACUUCAAGAUGUACAUACUUGCGUAUUUGUUCUCGCCCGGAGGAAAUUCCAUUCAUGAAACGUCCAUAACGAAAGACAACCCCGCAUUCUCAAUGAUCAACGACUCCGACGAAGAGGUGAUCUAUGGCUCCGAUGAAGAAAGUCGCCGGCCUCUAAACUCGCACCAUAGAGUCAACGAAGAGAUAUGAUGCGACACACGAUAUUUAUUUCGUAAAUAUGGUUUUUGCCUUGUUAUAUACACUUAUAAAAAGUAACUAAUCG